AUCCAGCGAAGAAGCGUCACCGGAAGUGCGUGUGCUUCCUGUGGCUAACAUGCUAACGUGUCCGUGUCUCGAGCGGUCCCGUCAGGUCCAAUGGGAGUGAAGCAGCAGAGCCUGCACGUGAGGACACACCUGAGGAAGAGGAAACUUUCGGAAAGUUUCCCCGCAGACACAGAUAGAGACAAAGAGACUUUGUGACGUAGGAACAGCUGAUCGCUUUGUCUCAACAUGAGCUACAAGCUACGGAAGUUAGCUCAGCCUGCUAACCGGAAGUAGCCUGCUGGACGUCAGUUUGUGUCCAACUGUCCAAAUGUCUCAGAAAGUCCAGGAAGACGUCCAGCAGCUGGUGGUGACCAAAGAAGAAGAUGACCCCGUCAGUCUGGACCAGGACGACCCACCAAAGCUGCUCCACAUUAAAGAAGAACAGGAGGACUUCUGGACCAGCAGAGAGCAGCUUCAAGGCCUGGACCAGGCUGAUAUCAAGUUCACGUUCUUUCCUGUCGCUGUGAAGAGUGAAGAAGAUGAAGAAGAAGAAGAUGAAGAGAAACCUCAGUCCUCACAGCUUCAUCAGAGACAAACUGAAGACAUGAAACCAGGAGCUGAUGAAGAGGACUGUGGAGGACCAGAACCAGACAGAGACUCAGAUCUACAUUUACAACCAGACAUAGAUGUUAAGACGUCGCACAGCUCUGAACCUGAGAGUGACGACAGCUGGGAUUGGGAGGACACCAGAGAACCUCCAUCAGGUUUGAACUCUCCUCAGAACAAUGAAGAACCUGGAGGAGAUCUGGACUGUAACACUGUAAAAACAUCUAGACGCUUUGAACACGACGGACAUCUGCAGAAACACGAGUUGGUCCAAAUGGGAGAGAAACCCUUCAAAUGCUCAGUUUGUGGUAAAAGAUACUCGAGAGAGGAGUCGUACACGGCUCACAUGAAGCUUCACUCGGAGGGAAAACAUUUCAGCUGCUCGUUCUGUAAGAAAACGUUCCAGCAGAGAGGAAACGUGGUGACGCACAUGAGGAUCCACACGGGAGAGAAACCCUUCAGCUGCCCUUUCUGUGACAGGAAGUUUGCUCGAAGCUCGACGCUGACGUCACACAUGAGAGUCCACACGGGGGAGAAACCGUUCAGCUGCUCAGUGUGUAAAGCCAGCUUCAGCGUUGGCGGGAAACUGUCCGAACACAUGAGAAUCCACACCGGAGAGAAACCCUUCAGCUGCUCCGAGUGCGGGAAAACGUUCGCACGGCGGGAACACCUGACCCAACACCUGAGCGUCCACACGGGGAAGAAACCGUUCAGCUGCUCGGUUUGUAAUAAAGCGUUUCGAGAUCGGGGAACUCUGACGCGACACAUGAGCGUCCACACCGGAGAGAAACCGUUCAGCUGCUCAGUGUGCGGGAAGGCGUUUCGAGAAAAAGGAAAUCUGACGCGGCACACGAGAAUCCACACCGGAGAGAAACCGUUCAGCUGCUCAGCAUGCGACAGGAGAUUCACUCAGCUUCAUAUUCUGAAGAAACACAAGUGUGCUGCACAGAGCAGUGCGAGCACACACGCUUUUAUUUUGAAAAUCAGCAUGGAAGCGGUGCCGCGAGCAGUUCCGGUGUGCUACAGUGUUGGUCAGAGCAUGGAGCCGGUCCAGAUGUGUGAGCCGGUCCAGAUGUGUGAGUCGGUCCGGAUGUGUGAGUCGGUCCGGAUGUGUGAGCCGGUCCGGAUGUGUGAGUCGGUCCGGAUGUGUGAGCCGGUCCAGAUGUUGAGGUGUUUCGUCAGUCAGCGGCUCAGCGCAGCAGUUGCAGAGAUCAGCGAAAUGUUCGAGAAGACCAUCAGAGCGCACGAGACUCACACUGCAGACGUCCAGCAGCUGGUGGUGACCAAAGAAGAAGAUGACCCUGUCAGUCCGGACCAGGACGACCCACCAGAACCCUCACAUAUUAAAGAAGAACAGGAGGACUUCUGGACCAGCAGAGCGCAGCUUCAAGGCCUGGACCAGGCUGAUAUCAAGUUCACGUUCUUUCCUGUCGCUGUGAAGAGUGAAGAAGAUGAUGAAGAAGAUGAUGAAGAGAAACCUCAGUCCUCACAGCUUCAUCAGAGACAAACUGAAGACAUGAAACCAGAAGCUGAUGGAGAGGACUGUGGAGGACCAGAACCAGACAGAGACUCAGAUCCAGAUCAUCACGAUAAGACUUCACACUCCUCUGAGCUGGAAACAAAAGCCGGUGAUGACUGGAAGAAGAGCAGUGGACCUCAGUCAGGUAAUCGUGGGUGUGAUCCAGGUGAGAAACCGUUCAGCUGCUCUGAGUGCGGGAAAAGAUUCAGCCGAAACAAAAUCAUGAAGACUCACAUGAGGAUCCACACUGGAGAGAAACCCUUCAGCUGCUCAGUCUGUCAGAAAACGUUUCAGCGGCGGGAAACGGCCGUGAUUCACAUGAGAGUCCACACUGGGGAGAAACCCUUCAGCUGCUCCGUGUGCGGGGCCAGGUUCAGUUCCCGCAGUAACCUGUCCCGACACGAGAGGAUGCACACUGCGGAGAAACCCUUCAGCUGCUCAGUCUGCGGGAAAAGAUUUGCACGAAAGACAUACCUGAGCACGCACCUGACGGUCCACACGGGGGAGAAACCCUUCAGCUGCUCAGUCUGCGGUAAGACUUUUUCCCAAAAGGGAAAUCUGAAGCAACACCUGUUCGUCCACUCGGAGGAGACAGCCUUAAAGGCCAACUCACACCGGAGGCGUACGUGCUGCGUAACGGCUGCGCCGCGGUCACCUUAGCAAAUAGAAGUCAGUCUAGUCA